GCAAGUCUGCGUGAUGACGCAGGGGAAAGCGUCACCAGCAGAAGUUUGUUUUGAUCAGAGACUUUACCAAAGCACCCUUGAUUUUACUAAGUGUUGUUUGAAACUUGCGAUCGGUCUAGCCACCAUAAUGAACUGAAAUGUCAUAGUACACCGCCAAGAUGUUUUCGCCGGACGGAGACUUGGAUAUUCUGUCCGAGGACGGAGAAUUCGCCGCGACUGAGCUGUCCAGGUCCGGCCCCCCUCCCCACGGUUCUGCAGGGCAGGGUACUGAUGACCAGGGUCAGUCCGCUAAUUCAGAUGCAGAGUCUCCUCGGAGCUGGAGUUCGGUUUUGUCACCAGCGCGUGUCCGUGUGGGCGUGUCUUCCUGGUUGGAGACCGGUAAGCAGCUGAGUUCCAGGGUCCAUGCCUUGGUGAAGGAUACUGCUGCAGUUUCCCCUGCCAGUCCAGUGAAGGUGGAGGCUGACGCUCCCCUGACAGCCGAGGACGUCCCCGUGUCACCUCAGCUCAUGAAGUCUGUGGCCCUCGCCUUCCGCAGACAGGAGGAGAUCAACAAGGCAAAUGCAAACCUCUGCAGGCUGAACUAUGCUGUGAAUGUGGCCAACUAUGUCAAACACAAACAAGUAGAGCAAGCCGUAAUACAGGGACAGAAGCAGCUGUGGAAACUCAACAACAGAGUUCAUCAUCAGACAGAGACUAUAGGUCACCUCCAGGACGGAGUGCGUAACCUGUCCACACAGGUCCAGCUGCAGAAGGAGACAGCACAGAGGAUGAAGAACAGCAUCGAUGCACAGCAGCAGCUGUUCAGCUCCACUAUACUGGAGAACCGAAUGGAGCUGGAACGACAGCAGAGUCUUUUGACCAAGCAGCAGGCUGCUAUGGAUCACUUGAUCAGACAGAAACUCAAGCAUGACUUCCUGGUAGAUAGCGGACUUCUCGUAGGGACAAUGUGGUUUGUGAACAGCUUGCUGGUUGACUACCCACUGAAGACAGUCUUGGUGGUGGUGCCCAGAACCAAGCUCAGAAACUGGCUCAGACAGGCCACAAAGGCACUGCUUGUCCUUCAGAUGAUGGGUCUGCUGAAGUCCUGGUCUGUAAAAUGUGGCCUACAUAACAGUGUUGGAUCCCUGCUUCCCUAUAUACAACAUGCCAGCACACUUGCAAUGGGCAAACUGCAGGAACUGAGAGCUGUGAGAGUGUGGAGAAGAAGACCUGCCCUCCCACCAGACCAGGAGGAUAGUGAAGACAGGCCACCUCAAACUGCCCUGAACCUCUGCUGAUCAGAACAUUGUACACUUUGUAAAAAUGGAUAGGUCUAUUUUCUUAAAUGCGAAGGUUUGGGAGGAAAAAAAAUCAUGUACUAAGUAUUUUAGUUAACAAGUUCAAGAAUUGGAUUGGAAUCAGUGGAGGAAUGUCUGUUAUUUACCAUGUGGAAAAAAAUUGUAGAAAAUGUUGAUAUUUUGCAUCAGCAUAUUGUCUUCUUUGACCCUCUAUAAAGUGCUUAUAGCAGAGAUGAUAUUUAGGUCAAAAGUUGUCGAUGGUUUUAGGAGGUUUUAAGAAGAAGAAGUGAUACUUGAGGUAUUGGAAAGUUGAAAAUGUGUGGGAGAAUAGAAGGGAAUCGAAUCAGUUUGCCUAAGUAUAGAAUGUGAUCACAAUAUUGUACAGCAUGCAAUAUGGUUACCAGACAUGGCUUGACAGACAUAGAGCUCUAAGAGUUUGAGCAGAAAACUACAUGCAAUAGAAGAUUGAUGGGCACAGUGGGAAAAUUCACACAAGAUGGCCUCAUUAAGAAUAUUGUGGGUGCUGCAUAAACAGUUGUCUCUGGAAUUGUCAAAAAGCUUUGGAAUGUUUGCGGGACAUGGCUAUCCUUUACAUGACACUCGUGUAUAUGCAUGUAUAUACCUGGGAUUGUUUUACCAUGCGUGACAUUGAUAUGUAAUGUAUACCUUUGUUUUACUUAUAAUCUGCCAUUUAUCAAGCUAUUAUUAUUAAAAAGAAUCACUUCAAAUACCAUGUGAAAAGUUAAUAAAUAUAACUUAAUGAUGGGGAGAAUUUCCCUACUGUACAAUUGUAAUUAUGCAGGAUACCUUAAUUAAUUCUUUACAAACAUCUGUGAUUGUUAUGAACGGUCCUGAGUGGUCACAAAAAAAACACUUUAUAUUUUUCUGCAACAGAAAAUAUUUUUAAUCAUAUUUGCUGUAAUGCAACAGCUAUGUUUGCUGUAACAGCUACUGUUUUGGUCAUAUUUACAUAUACAAUCCAGGAUGCAAUGAAACACCUGUUAAUGAGGACAUCUAGUGACCUUGUGUUAGUUUUGCAACAACAAAAUAAUUUCACCUCCAAUGGUUUGCAAAUUGCUAGAUAUCACUUUAUAUAGCUGACACUGUCAGAUGUUGAGGUCGUUGAUGCUAGCUGUACUUAUUACAUGGACCAAUAAAGGUACUUGGACAGUUUUAAA